AUGCUUUACAGCAUUUUAGCUUUUGUAGUAGGCGUUCACAGAUGUUUAUUGCAUGUGAGGGAUCAAGAGAAAGACAUCCAAUAUCAUUUACUUCAUGGCUCAAUAGAAGUGAUUGUUAGUUUUUGCCUCGACGAUUUUCCUCGCUACGACAGUAACGUCAUGGCUGGCUUCUUACAGUUUUCCAGACAAGUAUUUCAAGCUUUAAGCUUCAUGGGAAAGUUUAUGUUUUUACGAGUGGUCCUAAAGUGGCAAUGGGAAUGUAAAAACCGAAGUGAACAGGUGUUGAAAGCAGUUCGUGGAUAA